UCUCACUUUUUAUACAGUGUGACUUUAAUAUUUCAACGUCCUUCAUUGGUUCGUGCUUAUGCCAAUCGGAUUAUAGCCUAUGCUAGCAACUCCGGUAGGCAGGGUGACCCUCUUGUGUAGUAUAAUGCUUUGAGCGUAGCAAAAGUAAAAAUGUUGCGGAUCCACAGCUCUGGGACGGGCUCCGUUGAGUCAGCGUUGUUGAUUGUAGACUAAAUAGCCGACACUCGCCCCUCACCCAGUGGAGGUUAUAUUUAUUUACAAAGGCCGGCUCCCCUCUUCUUGAGUUCUCCAUAGUCCCGCGCGCCCCUCAGCCUCCCCCAUGCCUCCGUCUCCCCUCGACGACAGAAUUGUGGUGGCGCUACCCAGAAGGGCUAUCCGACCUCAGGAACUCCAUCUCUGCCUGGAUACCACCACCACCACCAGCCAUCACGCCCACCACGCCACCACCGCUACCCACCACGCCACCACCACCACCCAUCACGCCACCAGCUACCUGGACGUCGCCGCUGCCGCCACCACCACCGCCGUCUCUGCGACAACCACUCUCACCAAAACGGAGGAGAGCAGCACGGCCAUCAUCACCAGCACCACCGUGGUGAAGAUCCGGGCCAGCAGUGGCAGCAACCUGACGUAUAUGCCCUCGUCUAGCGGCUCCACGCGCUCCCUGACGUGUGGCUGUAGCAGUGCCAGCUGUUGCACGGUGAGCACCUACGAGAAGGACGCCAGCGGCAGCAGCAGCCGGACGCAGCAGCAGUCUCAACAGCAGCAGCACUCCUACUCGUACCACCACCACCACACCCAGCAGCAGCAAGUCAGCGCCAGCAGCCCCGACCUCAGUACCCAUGCCGGUGGUGGUGCUGGCGGGUUCGGAGGUGGUGGCGGGAGUGGUGGUUUCAGAGUUGGUGGUGCUGGGCCUUCGUCUUCCAUCGUGGGCCACAGUGAGGCCCUAAGCGCCCCCAGUCUCACCUCCACAGAGCGCGAGCGCGACCAUGCCCUGCCACCACCGCCUCCGUCGCUACCAGCCUCCGCCUCCUCGACAUCCGGCAGGCCCGCCUACCGGGUGAUCCACCCCAAUGAGCUGGCCAAGCGGCUGGGCCGCUGCCCCAUGGGCCACGCAUUGCCCAUGUCGGGCUCCCAGCCGGGGGUCAUCCUCAUCGACUGCCGGCCCUUCAUGGAGUACAACAAGAGCCACAUCCAGGGUGCUGUGCACAUCAACUGCUCAGACAAGAUCAGCCGCCGGCGCCUGCAGCAGGGCAAGAUCACCGUGCUGGACCUCAUCUCCUGCCGUGCUGACGAGGAGGGCAAGGACUCCUUCCGCGGCCUCUUUUCCAAAGAGAUCGUUGUGUACGACGAGAGCACGGCCGAGCCGGCCAGGCUGAGCGUCGCCCAGCCGCUACACGUGGUGCUGGAGUCCCUACGCAGGGAAGGGAAGGACCCCAUCGUCCUGAAAGGUGGCCUGAGCGCCUUCAGGCAGCAGCAUGCGGCCCUCUGUGAGCACUCGCUCCACUUGCACCAGGAGGGCCUGGAGGCCGGGGCCCUCACCACCUCCACCUCCCCCACCUCCACCAUGAGCCUGUCGGGGGCGCUACCUCACUCGCUGCCCUCCACCCCCGACAUUGAGAACGCUGAGCUGACGCCCAUCCUGCCCUUCCUCUACCUGGGCAACGAGCACGACGCACAGGAUCUGGAGCUGAUGCAGAGGGUGGGCAUAGGUUUCAUCCUGAACGUCACCACCCACCUGCCCCUCUUCCACUAUGACCGCGGCCUCUUCAGCUACAAGCGGCUGCCGGCCACCGACAGCAACAAGCAGAACCUGCGCCAAUACUUUGAGGAGGCCUUCGAGUUCAUUGAAGAGGCGCAGCAGGCAGGCCAGGGGGUGCUGAUCCACUGCCAGGCGGGGGUCUCCCGUUCGGCCACCAUCGUCAUCGCCUAUCUGAUGAAGCACUCCUGGAUGACCAUGACCGAUGCCUACAAGUUUGUCAAGGCCCGCCGGCCCAUCAUCUCGCCCAACCUCAACUUCAUGGGCCAGCUGCUGGAGUUCGGAGAGGACCUGAACAGCGGUGUCACGCCACGCAUCCUCACGCCCAAGCUGGUCGGCAUGGAGACCAUGGUGUAACCACGACGACGAUGAUGAUGGUGAUGAUGGUGAUGAUUUAGCCCGGGAGGCAACGAGGCACAUGGCUGGAGGUGUCUAUGAUGGAUUGAUUGAUGGAUGGAUGGGUGGGUGGGUGGAAGGACGGAUGUUGGAUGGACGGACGGUGGCCAUGUUUGAUUUUUCUUGGUCCUUUUUCAGAAUCCCGCUGCUGCUGGGUUUGCUGUGGCGGGUUUCCUUUUGUUUUUUUUUUGUUUGUUUGUUUUGUUUUGCUCUGACAAAAACCUCCCGUCUUUCUUUUGUACUCUGUUUUUUGUAACCGAGUUGCCAGAAAGAUUUGAGUGGCGCCUCUCAGUCUUCCUGAAGGAAAGCGAAAGGUAGAGAAGGUAGAGCAAGAUCAGAGUGAGAUGGAGACCGAGAAGGACAUCAAGAUAAAGUGAUGUAGAGUGAAAGAAAUACAGAGGAGUUUCAAAAGGGCUCCCCUUUAUCGAUGAUGUUGUUUUUUUGUGUAAAGGUGAGCAUGUGAAGAUGGAAUACAAGACAGUAGGAGCGAGGGAGGGAGAGAGAGAGAGAGAGAGAGAGAGAGAGAGAGAGAGAGAGAGAGAGAGAGAGAGAGAGAGAGAGAGAGAGAGAGAGAGAGAGAGAGAGAGAAGAGUUGAGUACACGCCCAAACGACCCGCUGUUUAAUCCUGGCUGCAGCCCAGGACAGCAGGAUGGAAGAGACGAGGCCAAUGGAUUGGAGCAGGCCCAGCCUUCUUUGCGUACGUGUGUGCGUGUCUGACCACACAUGGAGAUGGAGGGAAAAAACAGGAGCGAAGAGGGAAAAAAACAGGAACGAAGAGGGAAAUCAAAUGACAAAGACAAGAAUGACAAAAUGAACAAAUGGACAUGUUUAAUUUCUGAAAGAAAAAAAAAAGAAAAAAGAAAAUAUUACCAAAAAGUAAACAGAUUAUCAGACACCAUUCAUAUCACCAUUGUGACUGCUGCCACAUUCUGUUCCCCUCCUUCCUUAUGCAGUGAGAGAGACUGUAGGGUGUGCAUACCCAGCCUGCUUCUCUAAGCUGCCGGUGCGGGCUCCGGCCCAAGGAGGGGAGUUGGAAGGUGGCCGCGGCAUUUGCCUGUCUGAAAAAAAGCAGAUGAUGAUGAGGACUUGUGUUUGGUGUGUGUGUUGUUUUAGUGCUCUCAUUCUAUUUUUAUACAAGAAGUUUACCGGGGGGUGAACCAUGACGGGCCUCUUAACGGCUCGAAGGUGCAAUAAUUUCAGAGUUGGAAUGCUAACAUUAGCUGGCGCUAAUCUGUAUAUAUCGAAGCUUUGAUUUAACUCCUUUUCCAUCACGCCAGCAAAUGACAAGAAUAUAUAGAGAUAUAUAUCUAUAAAACAUAUCUUUUUUUGUUAUUGUUGUAAUAUUUGAUAUGCCUUUUGGAAACAUACAAUAUGCCUGCACCAGAGAGUCUGGCCCAGGUGUAUUGAAGCAUAAUGAUCACACAUUUCUUUCUUUUUUUAAGUAUUUGCUUUCAUUUGUGUGUGUCUCACUGCUGUCCAUGUACACUUUUAUUUUGCUGACCAUAAAAAAGAACAUCAAA